AUGGAUAAACGCUUUGGGGCAGAAAGUAUUCUAGGAUUCGGUGGAGGUAUUGUCUCAGAAGCCUCCCAAAAAGCAACCGAAAAGGCCGCCGACUUGUGUCGUCGCAGACGGCCGAACGAGGCUGUACCGUAUCUCAUGGAGGCUAUCAAGGAUCCUAACAACCUUGACGCGUACAUCGAACUCGCUUUCAUCUCCCCCGACCCAGUUGACGUCCUAGAAGUCGCUGCACUUAAAGGACGGAAGCUGCUGUUGAAUAUUCUGGGUCCAACUGCGUUCGCCGACACGGGCCCUUAUGUUGGCAAGUUUUGGGAUAUUGCGCCGGCGCGUCCAUAUAUGCGAAUUCUUCAAGCCCAAGUGCGGCUCUACGUGGAGAUUAAACAAGCAUAUAAAAAAGCGGCUGCGACCGCCAUCGAAAUGUUGCGCCUUUGUCCGGGCGACAACAUGGGCCAGCGCAGCUGGCUCGGUGCCCUUCUCUUGCACAGUUCUCGUCCAGCCGACGCACUCUACUUCUCCCAAAUCUGGAUCGACAACUUUACCGCACGCACUCCUGAAAAUGCGAUUCCUGCUCGGGGCGGCACCGAUUUUAAGGCGCCACGAAAUGGCGUAAUACCGUCCGCGCGAGAUGGCUCAGACUGGAUGCCCGCCGUCCAUCUAUAUGACUCUGCGUUGGCAGCAUUCAUGUUGUACGGCGCCGAUUCCGAAGAAGCACGCGAGUAUCUCAGGCUAGCAGCCGCGGCUAAUCCGCACAUCAUCACCAAAAUUUUGGUUGGUGCACCUAAGCCUUCUUCACAGAACCACGCUCCUCGUCAGCCAAAUGGACCAGAGGAUGCACAAGACUACCGUUGGCUCGCCCACGAGUUGUGGACGGCAUCGGCGGUCCUCAACUGGGUGAAGGAGUGCAUGAAAGCCGGUGAACCCGCCUCAUCGAAGUCGUUAUCUGAUAUCGUCCUGAAACGAUGUGGCAAUCCGGCCUGCAACGAGCAAGAAGCCCAAGUUCAAGAAUUCAAGCGCUGCGCGGGAUGUCAUCUGAUCUCCUACUGUGGUUCCGAGUGCCAAAAGACGGACUGGCGUCGACACAAACAAGCUUGCAAGGAGCGUGAGCAGAUCAAGCAAGCACGUAAAGGACUUAUGAAGGGGAAAGGGAACGUCACCGACAUGCCGGUGUUUACGCUCGACCUUGCUGGGGGCGUGCCCGUGGUCUACGACGGGGAGAAGCGAAAGGCCAUGCCGAUGCCUUUUCCAAGCAGUUGA